AUGCAAGUCUUGGCUGCUCUCCUCAUUGCUUUCUUUGCUCUCUUCGCUGUUGCAUCGGCAUUCCGCGGAGGACAUGGACGUCCGCUCUACGGAAUAAUUGGCGACGUUCAAUCAGUGGAGUCUUCGAUGCCACUCCGCGGCUUCGCCAAUCACGGUGGACGCGCCGCGGCCCGCUCGUACGACCAGUGGUAG